AAAGUUUAUUUGAUGACAAGCGAAUAUGUUUAUUGAUAGUCUAGACGAUGAUUUUUAGUGUUAGUCAUGUAUUUGAGAAUAGCUUAAUGGCUGUCUGUUUGUUUAUGGAGACAAAGGAAAAAAAUUAACUUUUUUGUAAUAUAGAAAAAAUCAUUAGAUUAAAAAAAAGCACGUUUUAGAAAAAGUGCUUCUCUUUCAGUCAUCAUCAUCAUGUUAUGUUAUAAGAACACGCGGUAGAAAAGAGACGCAUUCGAAAAGCACCAACCAGUUAAGUUGGUUGAUUCACUUCACAGUCUCAGCAACAAUGGUGGAACUCACAGAACAACAAAAACAACAAAUGGAAGCGAAUCGAAUUGCUGCAUUAGCAAAACGAAAAGCUUUCUUAGAAUCCAAUUCUCAACAACCACAACGAAACCCUUGGCAUCUUUUCAAAUGCCAGAAAAUUUCUCAACCUAAACCUGAACCCGAACCUGAUUUCAAAUUCCUCGCGAGACUUGAAAUUUGUUCGCAUGAUUCUUUCACUAUUACUCCUCUUCCUGUUCCUAAUUUCAAUUUUCCAACUUAUGAUACUUGUUUCGCCAUUCUCAAUAACAUUCUCUCACGAAUGGAUGUGGAUCCAUCACAUUUUACUCAGACAAGUGCGGGCGGGAAAGCCUGUGUGUUCAAAUUAACGGACUACCGUAGUGUUUUGAAGCUGUUAAAGGCAGAGAUUAAGGUGGAAGAGAUUCCUUGGAACACUUUCAAUGUGGUUGAGAAGCUUUCACAUUUGGAGGGGAGGUGGACUCCGGUGAGACCGGAACAUUUGAGUGAUGAUGAGGUCGAUGGUUUGAUUAGAAAGUUGCCUAAGAGUUUACUUGAUGUAUUGUUGCCAUUUCAAAUGGAUGGUUUAAGGUUUGCACUUAGAAGAGGUGGUCGGUGUCUCAUUGCUGAUGAAAUGGGACUUGGGAAGACACUUCAGGCUAUUGCUAUUGCAGGAUGUUUUAUGGAUGAAGGAUCUAUACUUGUUGUUUGCCCUGCUGUUUUGCGAUAUUCAUGGGCUGAAGAAAUUGAGCGGUGGCUUCCUACCUGCUUGCCUACCGAUAUCCAUCUCGUUUUUGGCCAUCAAGACAAUCCCGUAUAUCUAACAAGAUGCCCUAAAGUUGUGGUUAUUUCUUAUACCAUGCUUCAUCGUCUAAGGAAGAGCAUGCUUGAGCGUAAGUGGGCUCUUUUGAUUGUUGAUGAAUCUCAUCAUGUACGCGCUACAAAGAAAACCUCAGAACCAGGAGAGAUAAAGGCUGUUCUUGAUGUGGCUUCAGAAAUCGAGCGUAUAAUUCUGCUAUCAGGGACACCUUCUUUAUCAAGACCGUAUGACAUAUUUCAUCAGAUAAAUAUGUUAUGGCCAGGUUUGCUGGGGACAACAAAAUAUGAGUUUGCAAAAACUUAUUGUGAUCUCAAAUAUAUCAAGGGUGUCCAAGGGAAAAUUUUUGCGGAUUACUCAAAGGGCAUUCGCUUGGAGGAGUUGAACGUGUUACUAAAGCAAACUGUUAUGAUAAGGCGGCUCAAGGAACAUGUGUUGCAACAGUUACCUCCAAAACGCCGGCAAAUUAUAAAAUUGUCGUUGAAGAGAUCAGAUAUAGUUGCAGCGAAAACUGCAGUUGGGGCUUUGAAGAUUGAUGCCUCUGAAAAUGCUUUGAAGAUUGAUGCCUCUGAAAAUGCUAGUGAAGAGAUGCCUUUGGAAAGUUUGGAUGAACAUGAUGGAAAGCUUACUUAUCAAGAACUUGGAAUUGCAAAGCUAUCUGGGUUUCGUGAAUGGCUUUCGUUCCAUCCACUCAUUGCAGGAUCAGAGAAUGCUUCAAAGAUGAUAAUUUUUGGUCAUCACCACAAAGUUCUUGACGGAGUACAGGAGUAUAUAUGUGACAAAGGAGUAGGUUUUGUGCGAAUAGAUGGACAUACACUACCCAGAGAUAGACAAUCCGCAGUAACCUCAUUUCGAUCAUCACCGGAGGUUAAAAUUGCGAUAAUAGGUAUUCUAGCAGCAGGUUUUGGACUUGAUUUCUCGACAGCACGAGAUGUUGUGUUUUUGGAGCUACCUCAGUGCCCAACAGUGAUGCUUCAGGCUGAGGACAGAGCUCAUCGACGGGGGCAAACAAAUGCAGUUAACAUAUACAUAUUCUGUGCAAAGGAUACUUCAGAUGAAUCGCAUUGGAAAUAUUUGAACAAAAGUUUGCACCGUGUUUCAUCUACAACAGAUGGCAAAUAUGAUGCGGUGAAAGAGAUAGAGGUUGAAGAAGUUUCUUCUUUAGGCCCAUCCUUGAAAAUUAACAGAUCUAAAGAACAGUCUGCAUUCAAAGAUGCAUCCGUUAUAAGACAAUUGGAUGGGGAACUCUCUGCAGUGAAAUCAAAUGAAACAGCAACUAAUCAAGAUGAUGACUCUGGUCUUUUAAACAACAUAAAUCAGGGUGCUAAUAUUAUGGUUGAUAGUGUUUCCUUCCUAGAUUUAGACAAGGCUUCAGUUUUGGAUGGAAUUCGUGAUGUAGAUGUUUUUUAUGCUGCGGAUAGAUGUCCUGAAGAGAGUUUCGAGGACAAAGAUGAAGUAAUAGAGGAUAAGAAAUCAACUUCAACAACAGAUGCAGAUGACGACCAGCCCAGUCAUCCUGUUGAAACUGAAGUACAUUGCUCUCAUCAAGUUAAUUCUUUGCGAUUUGAGGUGAGCGCAUACACCGGAAGGAUCCACCUCUAUACUUGCAUUUUGGGUAAAGAUGCAAGACCACAGCCACUUUAUGAAAAUUUCCGACCAGAGGACCUUGAGUUGCUGAGUCCUGCUGAUGCUGAUGAGAAACAGGGUAUAGAGUUCACAUCUGUCAAGGAUAAUCCCGCUUAUAGGAAUGCUCUUCUGGAUUUUGCAAAUGAGUGGAAGAAUUUAAGGUCAAUUGAACGCAAUAAGUUACUUGGAAAACCAUUACAACUUCCUUUGGAUGUCGAAUUGUGCUACUUAAGUGAAAGUAAUAACCACAACAACAAGGGAUUAAUAAAUGGUGGAAGCAAAAGGCGCAUGACUCCUUUAGUGGACAUCAGCUAUCCCUUACCACCAGAUGCUGUUUGGAAAAAGGUUUCCCUACGAAGUGGCCGUGGUAAGAAGGAAAAAGAAUACACUCAAGGCUGGAGUCCGGAAGAUGAGCCUCUUUGUAAGCUUUGUCAAAAGCAAUGCAUGGGUAAUAAUGCCAAGACACCUGAAUAUUUUGAAGAUCUUUUUUGUAACCUUGUCUGCUAUCAAGAGUAUCGCAUGAGAACCAGCAACAGAUUCCUCCGUCAGGAACUUUUCCAAAUUGAGCAAGGUGUGUGCACAAAUUGCCAAUUGGACUGUCAUAAGCUUGUGGUGCAUAUAAGACCUUUGUCCUUGGAAAGACGGCAAGCGUACAUUGAAAAAGUAGCACCAAAUAUUGCAAAGCGGACGAAGAUGCUUGAGAAGCUUGUCAAAGAACCAAUUGAAGGCAAUGCAUGGCAUGCUGAUCACAUUGUUCCAGUAUACAAAGGCGGAGGUGAAUGCAAACUUGAGAAUAUGAGAACUCUUUGUGUGGCCUGCCAUCACGAUGUUACUGCUGUACAAUGUGCUGACCGACGUAUUAUAAGAGCAAAUGCCCGGAAACAACUAAAAGAAUUGAUGAAUACCAUGAAAAAUAGUAUGAAGGGUGUUGCUGGAAUUAAUACUAUUACUAAGGAACAAUUGCUUUACGCAGAGCAAGAAUAUAUGCACGAAGAUGAUGUUUUAGUCCCGGUUCCUGGAAGUGCCUAUUCGCUAGCUAAUAGUCAAGAAAGUGGAGAUGUAGCCUGUAAGGAUUAAGAACAGCAGCUGCUGAAGAUCUUCACCAUUCAACCCAGUUUGUUGUAAACAAAAAAUUGAUGGGGGAUGCACAUGGUGCAGUUGCAACGACCAGCAGAUGACUGCAAUCUGCUUUGAAGUGGUCAUCCAUGGUUUGGUUUACGUAGUAAGAUCGUCCUUGUUGUUCAUCCUUGUUUUAUUGCGAUGCAGCCAACCAAUUAGGUCCUUUUGAAGAGUGAUGUUUUGUCUAGUUGGAAAGGCAGCAAUUGUCAACAUGUGAAAUUAGAGAAAGCCCUUAAGCAUGAGGUUAAGAUAACCAGGGCAGUGUAGUGUUACAGUUUUGGGUCAUCCACUCAUCCAUGUAUAAACAUGUCAUUGAUUUCCACCAUUUUUUUGUAUAGUGUGGAAGGAAACGUUGAUCUGAAAUUACAUGACCAAAUUGUUGUCAUGAUUCAUGUUCUGAUGAAUUAUAUAUUGUAUUUUCUAAAGUGAAAUAUGAUAUUGAAAUUGUUUAA